AUGGUUUCUCAAGACCAAAGUAAGGACUCUGGCUCGAAAAAAAAUGGAGGUAAGGAGCUUGGAAUGGUAACUCCUCAAGACAAGUCCUUGAAGAAGAUGAAGUUUGUUUCAUCUGCUGAGACAGAACCAGCCAGCACGACAACAAUUUCUGAGGAUUCAAAGUUAGGUCGAGGUAUGAGCACAAUGCCUCGUGUUGUGAAGAGAAAAUUUCAGAAAAUCAAGCCAGUUGUUGAAGUCCCACUUGUGGACAAGAAAUGGGCUGAAAUCCCCAAAGAUAUAAAGGAGCAGAUUUGGGAAGCCGUUGACAUGGCUUUUGUGGUAGGUCAAGGGGGCAAGAACCUGGUGUUAUCUUCUGCUGCCAAGAAAUGGAAGGAUUUCAAAUCUACACUAAAGAGGCAUUAUAUCCUUCCAUACAUCAAGGAGAGGAAGAAAUUAAGCCAACCCCCUGAACUAUAUAAAUUCAUAGAGAAAGCAGAAUGGGAUGCCUUUGUGGCUUCAAGGUUAUCCCAAGAAUUUGUGUCUGUGCAUUCUCAACAUUCAAAGAUUAGGGAGAAACUUGAGUACAAUCAUCGAUUGUCUCGAAAAGGAUAUGCUGGUUUGGAGGAUCAAUUGGAGGAAACCAUGCCUGGGGUAGAAAUUGAUCGAUCUACCUUAUGGAAGAAAGCUAGACAAGACAAAGAUGGUAACAUCCCUGAUCCAAAGGUGGCAGAGAAAGCAAAAUUAAUUGAUGAAUUGCAAAAACAAGUGGCUGAAGGCAGUCUCAGUGUAUUUGGCAAUAAUGAUGUGUUGACCUUGGCUUUGGGUCCCGAGCAUCCAGGGAGAGUAAAAGGGGUAGGUGCUGGAAUUUCCCCUAGGCAAUACUUCAAUUUACCUAGACAACAGAGGGUAAAGUUUGCCGAUCAAUUGAAGGAAAGUGUAAGAAUUGUCCUUCAAGAAGAGACUAAGAAGAUGGAAGCUAGAUCAAGGGAAGAGACUUUAAGGAUGGAGGCUAGAACCAAGCAAUUGGUAGAGGCUGAGAGGGAACAUUUACUGAGUCAGCUUUCCCAACUCAUCCCCAAUUUUGAUCCAAGCAUGCUUAAACCGAAAACUAGCCCCUGUCAAAACCAAGGUCUAGAGCAAAGUCCCAAAAAUCCAAUGUCUGACAAAGCAAGCUGCUCUAGGGAUGUGAGAUCCCUACAUUUUGAGGAUGAUACUGCCAAAAAUGGGGAAAAGCAGGAAGAAAUGGGUGUUGAAGUAGUUGAUUAUUCAAAGGUGGAGGUGCCAUCUUCCUUACAAUCCCUUUGUCGUUAUGUGGAAACCACACUAAAGCCUCAGGAGAAGAUUAUGACCUUUACAAUUGGGAAGGAGGUGUUUGGUGCAGAUCGCAGUACCUUUGUCUUGCCUGAAGAUAUUACACAGUUAGCAGGCAUGGAAGAAAUUGGGGCUACUGUGCUUGCAGUAUAUAUGAGUCGACUUCAGAAGACAGAUGCUGAACAGAUUUUCAUGAUGCCUUACAAUCCAAGCCGUCAUUGGGUCUUGUUGAUUGUGAGAGCAAAGAAGGAAACCAUCUAUUUUCUGGAUCCUCUGCCUGGAAAUCAUGUGGUUAAUGAGGAGGCCAAAAACAUGGUGAACAGUGCUAUAAAAAUUUAUAAUUCCCACAUAGGCAGACAAGGCCGUAAAGCACCCAUUUGGAAAACUCUGUCAGGCACACCAAAGCAACCCAGUAGUGUCGAAUGCGGGUAUUAUGUCAUGCGCUUCAUGAGAGACAUCAUCAUGGAUCCUUCCCUGGAGUUUGAGAAGACGGGAAAAGAGCAACCGCCAUACCCCCAAGCAGCCAUUGAUGAAGUCAGGAAUGAAUGGGCAGAGUUUGUUUGCCUUCAUGUGGACUAG